GUGACAAAAUUGGGACAUAAUUCUCAUGAAAACCAUUACAACGGUCUGUUCAUUGAGUUGUCGGCCAUCGGUUCCGGAGGUUUUGGAACCGUAUAUAAAGUAAAGCACAGAAUCGAUGAACACAUAUAUGCCGUCAAAAGAGUCCAAAUUAAAGACUUUUCUGAGGAAUACAUACAACGAGUCUAUAAAGAGGUCCGGAAUUUAGGAGCCGUUCGUUCAGAAUAUUGUGUUCAGUAUUACCACUCAUGGCCUGAAGACAAACGCCUCUACAUUCAGAUGGAGUUCUGUUCACAGAAUCUGCGGAAUAUUCUUAAAGUGAAACCACAAGUAUUUGGUCGACAAUUAGGAGAAGCCAUGGAUUGUGUCGAUAAGGAU